AUGUCGGAAACAGUAGAAAGUAGCGCCGAGAGAGACCUAAAGCAGGAAGUGCCAAAAAAGAAGGUUGUGCAACCUAAAAGCCUCAUUUCCAAAAAGACAGCUAUUAUAGUGAACAGUGUUCUCGUCGUAUCAGUUUUGAUAUUCUGUGUAUUUUCAGUCUUUCAGAACAAGAACUCCAAUAAUUCAUUACAAUCACAUCAUUUUGACACGAAUCCAGUGGGGAAUUACGAAUAUCCUGAUUUUAUAAGGCAGGAAGGAGAGGAAUUUAACUCUAAACCUGAAAUGAUUCGUAAAAGGGACUCCAAGUCGUCUAGCUCCAGCUCGAGUAAGGAAAACAAAGCAACCAAGCCCCUUGAUGAGCCAGCAAUAAGGUUUUUACUUGUUUUAGGGGGAUUCAUAGUCCUCAAUAUGGUUGCUAUUUGCAUCCACCAUCUUUUUUUGAAAGCUACAAGGUCUGAAAAGUCAUACAGAACAGUAGAACAGAACAUCUCUCCAUUUUAA